CUGAAGACUUUGAUCUCUCAUCUCAUCUCCUUUGGAUUCCUACAGUCAAACAUACCAUUCUUCGCGGACAUAUCUUACGCUGAGUUGAGGAAGAAAGCAGUUCAAGUCAGCACCGCUUACAUCUGUGACCAAGCAACAUCUUACCAUACCCGGAGUUAAAAAUUAUCAAGGAUCUGGAAAGACCUUAAAAAUUAUUUCAUUCGGUGAUUUCGCUCGGAGAUUUUCUUCCUUCACUUUUAUUUGGCUCUCAUCUCGAACUUCAGCCUCACUCCCAUCCCCCCGUCAUUCUACAUAUCUUUCCACACACCAACCAGCCAAUCUCAAAAUGCAACUUCCACUCACACUCUCGCUCGUUCUCGCCCUCACUACCUUCCCCAUCUCAACCACCGCAUCAUCCAACAACGCAUCAGUCUGCUACGGUACCCCCCUCCCACCACUUCCUCCCUCAACCGCAACCGUAAACCGCACGAUCCCCUGGGGAACGCCAUCUUUCACGCUCCCAAACGGCACCCUGUGCUGCGAUUCUCUGACUCAAGUCCGAGCCGGCAUCAAUGUGAUAAAUGCACAGCUGGUUGAGUUGCUGGCGCAACGAGCGGCGUAUGUGAGGGAGGCGACGAGAUUUAAGGCAACGUUGGAUACGGUCGAUGUCCCAGCCAGAAAUGUAGAAGUCAUUGAAGGGGCUGUGAAUGCUUCUAGAACGACGAAUCCGAGAUUACCAGAGACUAUUGCGAGGGCUGUUUUCGAGGCAAUUAUCAAUGCUAGUGUGCCUUUUGAGAGAUGUGUGUUUGGGGAGUUUGAAGAAGGGGGAUGUGGUGGGGAAUGAGAAUUCUUUAAUAGGAGAGGAAAAUCCUUUAGAGGGCCUUAAGACAGUCAGCAGAAGGGGAAAGCUUCACCAGUAUUUUCAGGGGACAGGGAUAUUUAAAAUAAUUUAGAACUUAAGCAAAAGUAUAUACACUACAAUAAACUAAAACGAAUCGCUGAUGCAAGUAGAGAGAU